UGGGGAGAUAGGAAUUAUGUUCCAUCUAUAAAUUGGUGGUGUCUUAAGCUCAAAGUGAGUGGCAAAGCUUCACCUCCCUAUUCAUCCCAUCAUUUUGUGUUAUAAUGGCCUCUGGAAGUGAAUACUUCAACCGUUGCGGACCCAAAUACCUUAGCAAUAUCGACUGGAACAACGCCCACCAUCGAAGGUCUGUAUCAGCCAGCUUGGUUGAAGGUGUUUACAUGCUUGAAGAAGAUCGACAAGCCAGACGCGGAGGCUCUCAAUGUGUUGCGCCACCAUGGUGGGAGUUUUUCAACUUCAAAGUGGUUAAUGCACUCAUUGAUGACAAUGAUAAAAGCAUCUUCGGUGCCAUUUUCGAAUAUAAACCUUCAGCUUAUUCGUAUCAUCGUUCGAUGGAUCGAACCCCUCGGUACGUAAUCGCCUUUCGAGGUACCUUAAUCAAGUUAGAAUCGUUUGCAAGAGAUCUUAAGUUGGAUAUCGAUAUAAUUCGAAACGGACUUCAUCAUACUGGUCGUUUUAGGACCGCCAUUAAAGCUGUUCUAGAUUUGGUGUCAGUGGUUGGGUCUUCAAAGGUGUGGUUAACCGGUCAUUCCCUAGGUGCAGCCAUGGCAAUGCUUGCUGGAAAAAACAUGGCGAAAAGAGGGAAUUUCUUGGAAGCAUUUUUGUUUAAUCCGCCAUAUGUAUCUCCCCCUAUUGAGAGAAUAAAAAAUAAGAAAGUGAGGCAUGGACUUCGAUUUGCUGGCACUUUAAUCAAAGCUGGCAUUGCAUUUGCAGCUGCUGCAAGUGAUAAUCAUAACAAUUCAAAUGGUAUUCAAGAUUCAUCUUUUGCUGCAAUAUCUGGGUGGAUUCCAUGUCUGUUUGUGAAUCAUUUAGACCCCAUAUGUUCUGAAUAUAUUGGUCACUUCAAGCAUAAGAAAAAGCUUGAAGACAUUGGAGCUGGGGGUCUUGCAAGGCUAACAAGCCAGCAUUCACUAGGGAAUAUGGCAAUGAAUGCAGUGGGAAUAAAGGGUAUUGACACUUCGGAACCACUUCAUUUGCUUCCUUCGGCAAAUCUGGCAGUGAAUCUCUAUCCUUGCCAAGAUAUGAUUUCUGCUCAUGAGCUUCAUCAAUGGUGGAGGCCUGAUCUGAACUUGAGUUGCAGUGUUUACAAGUAGAAAUAGUUUGUCGCUGUCAUGGCUGCUGCAUGAUCUGCCAUCGGUUAUCUCGGGGAAUGUAUUAAUAUUAUUACAGGGUUUACAACUAUAAGCUUUCAAAAAAAGAAAAAGAAUAAGUAAUACUGGCUUGUAGUAAAUCCUAAAUAAAUUUCCUAGAAUUUAAGCCUUAGUCUGUCCUGUCUUUGCUUGGUUGAGUUUAAUGGAAAUGGUGAUAAAAAAGCCUUUUGUAA